AUGGCGGUAGUGGUCGGGGUGGUGGUGGUCGGUGGUGGCGGGUGGCGACGAUGGUGGUCGAUGGCGGUGGCGACGGGUGGUGGUGGCGACGAUGACGGUGGGUGGUGGUGGUUGACGGUAGCAGGUGGUGGCAGCGGAGGAUGGUGGUGGUGGUCGGCGGAGGGUGGCAGUAGUGGUCGGGGUGGCGGUGGUUUACUAUGGCGGGUGGCAGCGAUGGUAGUUGAUGGUUAUGGCGGCAGGCGGUGGAGGACGGUGGUGGUGGUGGUGGUCGGCGGAGGUUGGUGGCGGGUGGUGACGACGGUAGGUGGUGGUGGUGGCAAAUGGUGGAGGUGA